UGUGCACGAGCACUGUGAGGGUAUCGAUAAUUGGCGUCAGCGUCGGUUCAUCAUGGCCGAAAGCCAGCCGUCGCAAUUUGUGUGAAGUUUGGAAAUUGGGUUUCGCGUCAACGCUUUGGCCUCCCGUGGGUGACUUUUAAAGUUACGUUCGCGUUCUAAGCAACUUCAACCACUUUGAAAAUGUAUCUUCCGCUCACUCCAUCCAGCUAUGACGGUUGGGUGAUACUUCGCACAUUAUCGAUAUGCUCAAACGUCGUGCCUCUUCUCCUCGAGUUUUUUGCAUCCUCCGCUCACCUUACAGCACGACGCUUACGCUUUUUGAAGAUCGAGGUAGAUCGGGCUCUGGUAGCCUGUGAACUUGCCGAGACCCUAUUAGAAUGUAAACGAGAGAAUGGAACUAUCAUACAGGCGCGGCAGAGACUUCAAAGGUGUCUGUCAAAACUGGAAGAGAUUGCUGGAUCGAACAUGGCUGCGGCAGAGGCGUUAGGACCAUGUAGGGAAUCGGAGUCAUCUUCUGACUUCCUUCCUACCGAGAUAUUUUGGCUGGUCUCCUCCUUCGUCAGCUCCCCUCAAGAUAUCCUCAACCUCUGCCUAGUCAACCGAGCCUUUUACCGCAUUUUUACAAAAAGACUCUACACUUCAAUAUCACUCCUCCGCACGGACUAUAAAGACAUUCGCAUGUCUUUAUUUAACUUGACGAUUACCCUCAGAUCCAAUCGAGAUCUGGCGGCCUUGGUCAAAGACUUUACAGCUGGAAUGCAAGGACUUGAUGAGGAGAGUCUUGAUGAGGAGAGCCCGGUGCCAACAGCGAUGGAGGAGGAAGAUCCUGCGGAUAUGGUAUAUGAAGUUGUAUCAGAUCCAUUUGCGAACACAGAACAGUUUGAAUGGAGCGUCGAACCACGAGGGAAGAUGAGGAGUCAUUCGCAUGACACGCUAAUGCGGAGUCUGCUUUUGGAAAGUAUGAUAAAUCUAGACGCUGUUCAUUUACACUUCAAUGCCUGUCUACGACUGAGUGGUUGGCUAAAUCGAGCCCAAAGUAUGCGGAUCAAACAUCUUGACUUGAGCUUCUCGUCGAUCAAGAAGUUUCCCGUGCUAUCUCACGAAAUACGGUCUCUCCAGGAGCUCCUGCUUCGCGAUUGUGGAGAUCUCCGCACCACCGAAUUCACUGAUCUCGUCCAUAAAUGUCCCAAUCUUCGCGCAAUCGGCAUAAAUGGCUGCGAAAACCUAUCCGACUCAUCCAUUUUCGAGUUGCUGUCCUGUUGUCCCAAACUUGAGGCUAUUGCCUUUGGAUAUCGUCAACAAUUCAAAUCGAUUGAUGCAGUCAUUGGCAACAUUACCCACCACAUGCCCCGUCUAAACGCAUUUUUCCUUGAUGGCCGUGACCGGGUACCAGAGUACCCUUUGUAUGAGCUCAUCACCACACGAGGACAUCAGAUCAAAACGCUGAGUCUCAGCUUUUGCCUCAUAACAGACAAGUUGGUAGAUCUGGUGGCGGAACGGUGUGUUAACUUGGAGGCAUUAGCAUUGAACGGAUGCAAAGGAGCGGUGACGGACGAGUCAGUCACACGGGUCAUGGAGAAAUGUCAGAACCUCACGGUAUUCUCGUUGCUGGAGAAUGAAGGUGUGAGCUGCAAAGUUGAUCAAGAGGUAAUCAAUCGAUUUGGUUGGGAUGUGCCGACGAUCGUUGAAGAGUUUAGGUAUUGGAAGAAAUGGAAGGCUUGAUGAUAGAUAAUAAAUUAAGACCAAACAGCUUGCAUGGCCA